AUGAAUGCGAUAGUGCCACCAGAACAACGUCAUCACCUGUACAACAAAGUGCACCUAUGUCAUCAAAACAAACAAGUGUUCCUGUUGAAAAAUCUGACACUGCUCAAACAUAAAAAAAUUCUAAACGAAGAUCAUACGCUUUACGAUACAGCACCAUCUGCUCUUUUAGCAAAGAAAGCAAAAACAAAGAGUGAUAAAGGAGCUUCAGAAAAUUACAAAGUAUUAACCGAUAAGUUAGGUAAAAUACCAAAGAAAGCACAUUCAUCAUCAGAAACCGCUAUCUCAAAAGAUAAUUGA